ACACGGAGAAUGGGCGUGAGUUGUCCCUCGAAAGGGGAGCCCAGAGACUCGUGCUUUCGUCUUAUUUUUUUCUCUUCCAACAACCUGAGCGCUCACUUCUGCCUGGGAAAGACAAGGAACACAAGAGCGGGAUGGGGAGCACAGGAUUUACAAAACCAAUCGUUUAGAUCCUCUCCCAAAAUCUAAUAAGACGCACAGGAGGGAGGGGAGCCUAAGUGCGUCUGUGUCAAAGAGUGAGGGAGCAUCGCAGACAGAAAAAGAGAGAAAGGCAGAGAGAGGAAAAGAGGCUAACUGAGCCUGGACCAGGUGAUCAACAAACCUCCAAGGGGCUGCCGGGGUUGUCUCAUUGUACGCUGGAUCCAGUGAUCCAACCAUGGUGCCAGCGCGCUGCCCGGGACCCUGUGCCGUCCUGGCACUGGUUCUCUUCUUGGGAUGCGGCGUGGUCCUGUGCUCCGGCCAGAACGACACGGAGCCCAUAGUGUUGGAGGGAAAGUGUCUGGUGGUGUGCGACUCGAACCCUUCCUCGGACGGAGCGGUGACCUCCUCACUUGGCAUAUCCGUCCGCUCCGCAGGGGCGAAAGUGGCUUUUUCCGCGGUGCGCGGGACUAAUCAUGAGCCAUCGGAGAUGAGCAACACGUCAAUGACAAUCUAUUUUGAUCAGGUUUUAGUGAACAUCGGCAACCAUUUCGACCUAAAAGCGAGUGUUUUCCAGGCUCCAAGAAGGGGGAUCUAUAGUUUCAGCUUCCACGUUGUGAAGGUCUACAAUAGACAAACCAUACAGGUCAACCUAAUGCAGAACGACUUUCCCGUUAUAUCAGCUUUCGCGGGCGACCAGGACGUUACAAGAGAGGCGGCCAGCAACGGCGUGCUGCUGAUGGUGGAGCGUGAGGACCGAGUCUACUUAAAGCUGGAGCGGGGCACCCUAAUGGGCGGAUGGAAAUACUCCACCUUCUCAGGCUUUCUAGUCUUUCCUCUAUAAUCCCAUAAUCGAGGAUCGGGACUCUUAAGUUUACUCAAGUUAAGGAACAACAACUAAAAAUAUAUUCAAAACAUGCCAUUUAUUUUUCAAACUGUCAGCCAAGGAAGCCGACGAAUAUCUGUCCACUCCGUCCAACACUAUAGUCAGACAUCAACGUUUUCCUGGAGUUUCAUAUAUUCAAACCUCCAUUCAACUUGUACGCAAUCUGGAUGACUAAACGUAUCGAUCGGGUCAGUGAUUGGCAUGUGAUUGUCGAGUGUGUGGAUUUUUUCCCCCUCUUUGCCUGGAAAACAAACUUUUGGGCAAGAUGGACAAAGGAAAGAUGAGGACGGGGAGGAAAAAAAAAAAAACGACUGUGUUAUGCUUUAUUUAUGUUUGUAUAGCCUUAAAGAAUAUGUGGUACGGAAUCAUGGACAACCAGAGAGAAGCGCUUUUACGCCCAGGGGCAUUUUUUUAUUUUUAUUUUUUGCACAAAUGGAAAUUUUUUCUUUUUACGUUUUUUGUUGUGCUGUCUAUGGUGUUACGUUUGGAUGCUGAACAUAUUGAAAACAAGCCAAACUGUAGGUCGCAGAUGAGUUUAUUAUAAGAGAGAGAGAGAGAAAAGGCGACAUAUUUCGGCCUUAGGAGAUGAGUUACAAGCCUUUUAUUUAACAACAAUAACAAUAGUUUAAACAAGAAAAUAAGAUAUCUAAUUUAUGAAGUACAUAUUCAGAGUAGUUUGUGUUCCACAUUUCGGAAUCUGCGUAGCUUUGACUGAUUUUAAUGUUCAGUGACUUGGCUCACUUAAUGUACAUUGUGGAAAGAUUAUAGAGGAAUCCCUAUAUAUAUAUAUAUGUCCCGCUUAAUAAAUGAUAUUGUAUUGUAUAGGCUGAGCGCAUUCAUCGUUAUUAUUUUAAGGAGAGACUCGAGGUGAAUGGAGGAGUGCAUGCAUUAAAGGGGAAGGCCUCGGAGGAAAGCAGGCUUGUCGCUGUCCGUUGUGCUGAAUUAGGGAAAGUCGCCCAACAGCUGUUGAUUUAAGUAGCAGCGAAUACAUUCAAAUUGAAAAACGAAAUGCAGUAUUCAUAUUACCAUGUUUUUACAGAUGAUUAGAAACAUAUUUUUUUUGCUACAAAUAUGCAUGCAUUUGCUUAUAAAACAGUGAGUGCAGUAUUCUAGCAAGACUGUCACGCUUUAAUGCACUGUACAAGGUUAAAAUAUUCUGCCUCAGAGCAGAAAAUCCCCUUAAAGUAAAGGGUUGAUAGCCUAAAGUUUCACCAUUUCUAAAGAGAGUUGUUUUUUUAACCAUAUAAAUAUAUGCAAUCAUCUUGUAAAAUAAACUGCUGUUGAUAUUUUAGCCCACCCACCGACACAUCUCACCCUAACUCUAGGCUCUAAAGUCAGAAACUAUCAACCCCCAUCUGCCCUCCCCUUUGUCUAUAUUAAAUUAUGGUCAAUGCCACACCUAGUCAAGAGGGUCCAGACCAAUCAAAGCAAAGCAAUUUGCUGACUUGUGUUAUCCAUUCCCUUUCCUCAUACAGGAAGAAAGAAGAGCGUACUCCUUAGAAGGUUUUUGUGGAUAGGUGGUGGUGGUGGUGGGGGUGUUCUGCACUCUACAGCAGGGUCCAGGUUUAAUGUGGUACUCACAAGCAACGUGUAAAAUACACAAUUACUAAUUGAUUUAUUCAGAUCAGUUAACGUGUGCAUGAAAUGCUUUCCAUACUCAAGAAAGGGCAGCAGAAGUAAUUAAAGAAGCUUUAAUUAAUUAUGAUUCAGUUAAUAUAGCCAGAAAACGAUGAAGGCUUUGCACAACUAGUGCAUGUGUCAAGAUUUCUUGUGUGCAUUCAGUUUUUCCUGUGACACCCUGCAGUUGCAAAGUUUGCCUAUACCUUGAGCCAACCGUGCAAACAAGUUGGCAUUUCUUUAGUAAGCAUAUGCUAAAUGGGCAAGAUUGUACAAACUCUGGCUGUUAAAAUAUAAAAAUGAAAGGCAUUUUGAUUUUAUUUUUUUUUUAAAUCUCUGCCAAGCACAGAAGGGUUGUAGCAUCAUUUUGAAAGGCCUCAGAACCUUUACCUCUGCAGGCACAUAAAAUAGGUUUGUCUCAUUUAACUAUUGUUUAGAAGCUUGUGGGCUUGUACCUGUUUGGAAAUGGUUUCCUGUUUUAUCAACAUAGAUUUCAGCUACCUUACAGACACUGUAUAAGCUUUUAGUGUCUCGUAUGGAAUUUGCAAUUUUGUGUGUUUGAAUGCAUUGCCGUGUUUACAUGAUGAAACAGGAUAAUCUGAUGCAGGUUCGGAAAACGAAUUCUGCAAGACAAAUCAAAUUUUAAAAUGAAAUAUUCAAGUUUGUAAUUUUGUGCAAAUUUAAAAAGUAAAAGUAUCUGAAGUUCA